UAGCUGGUACUGAUAUUAAUAGCUCAAAGGCCACCACACCCAUUAAAACCACGUAAAUACACUAAAAAUACUUAAAAAACAAUAAAUAUACAAUUAAUAUAUAAUAAUUUCUGUGGCGCAAAACAACAACAACAACAACAACAAUAACAAGAUCAGCUGAUGGGACGCGCGUGGGAGAGGAACGUGGGAGAGGAAGAAGAGAAGAGGAGGAAGAGGAAGAGGAAGAAGAGGAGGAGGAGGAGGAGUGCCAAAAAGUGCCUGGGAGAGAGAGAGAGAGAGGGAGAGAGUGCCAAAAUAAUAUGAACUUUUCUGAGGUUCUGGGGGCGAGCCUUGGGGGGGGCGACGGGGGGGCGGCUGUGGCGUGGGCGGGGGACGGGCGGCUGGUGGCGUGGCCCUCCCCCCCCUCCAGGCUUCAGGUCAGGGACUCGGCCACCCUCCAGGUCAUUGCCACCUUCAACUGCGCCGACGCUGUGCAGGAGAUCGCAUGGGCCCCUGACUCCCAGUACCUCCUGUCAGUGUCCUACAAACGGGGCAUUGUGGAGGUGUGGGCAGUGGGUGACCCCGGGUGGAGGUGCCGGGUGGAAGGGGGAUCAGGGGGAGUCAUCGCCGCCCAGUGGUCACCCGACAGCCGGCACGUUCUCAUCACUGCGGAGUUCUAUGUACGGGUGCGGGUGUGGUCACUGGUCCGGGGGGAGUCUGUGUGCUGUGUGGCCCGGCCCAAGAGGGGGGUGGCUGGGGGUCUCUUUCAGCCCUGGGGGUUCCUGGUGGUGGCCCAGAGGAAGGACUGCCGAGAUUACCUGACCAUUUACGAGACACAAGAUUGGACGCUGGUGAAGACCUUCCCAGUGUGCACUCGUGACCUUGUGGGGGUCGCCUGGGGGUGUCUGAGUCCCACCCACACCCCGGGGCACCCCACAGGUCACCCCCGAGGUCACCCCAGCGAAGGAUCUCUAUUAAUUGUAUGGGACUCAAAUUUAGACUACAAUCUGGCACUGUACUCUCUCUCUGGGCACUGUCUGGGGUCCUACAGUGCCUAUGAUAUGGCACUGGGGGUGUCUGACUGUGCCCUCUCACCUUCCAGACAGUUCUUGGCAGUCUCCAGCCAUGAUCAUAAGGUCCGACUGCUGAGCUAUCCCCCUCAGAGUGGCAGCAGAGUUACCCCACCCCUACCAUCACCACCACCACCGCCACCACCAGCCAGUGUGUGGUGUACAAGGAAGGUCGAACACACCACACAGGAUUCGCCGCAGCUCUUGCCACAGCACGCAACCCCUCCCUCCCCCCCCUCGCCUUGGUCCACCACACCUCCGAAAACAGCCCCCCCGCAGCCCCCACCCCGGCAAGCCCCCAUGGUAGCGUUUAGUAGUGACGGGAGGUACCUUGCCACACGCCGUUUGGACAUGCCCUGCGCCGUUUGGAUUUGGGACAUUUCAAGCAUUUCCCUCAAAGCUGUGUUGGUUCAUGAAGAUUCUGUCAAAGAUCUAGCGUGGGACCCUAAAUCUUCACGCCUAGCACUCGUCACAGGAGGCUGCCAUGUAUUCUUCUGGUCCCCGCUUGGCACUGUGGCUGUAGCAGUGCCAUCAGGGCCACACCUUCGCCUGGGGGGCCUCAGGUGGCAUCCGUUUGGUCGCUGUUUGCUUGUUUACGAUCGCAAGCAUCUCUCUGUUUGUUUCCUCAACCACCCCCACCCCCCCACCACCUCCAAGAACCCCUAGAGUGUGUUUGGGUGUGUUUUGGGUGUGUUGGGUGUGUUUUGUGUGUUUGGAUG